AUGGCAGUGUCCUUGUCCGUGGAAACGCUAAACUGGCACUGCCCACCAUGGGGUGGGUUGGUCCAUGGUCCAUCAUAUGACCGGCAGGCAGUCACGCCAGGGAUUGUCCACAUUGGCCUUACAGAGUUCCACCGCGCUCACCAAGCCCACUUCAUUGAUGAGUUUCUAGCAUCUGGACAGGUGGACUGCCUGUCCUGGGGCAUUUCAGGAGUCAGUUUCGCCGAGGAUCAGCACCUCCAUCAUGCGAUGGAGGAGCAGAGCGGCAUGUAUGUCCUGUGCACCCGAAAUGCGCAGGAGCCGAUGGCACGCAUCAUCGGGGCUUACUGCGAACAUCUGUCUGCACCGGGGCACCAUGCUGCGAUACUUGAUCGGCUCCAAGCAGACAGCACCAAGAUCAUCAGCAUAUGCUUUAGAAAAAGCGAUUCCCUGGAUGAUGCCGGAGCUUUGGAUGACUCGUCGGAAGAUAUCCAAUCGGACCUGGGAGCCCUUAGGAGCAUACUCGCGUGCACUGACGCGGAGUCGCUGUCAUCGACGGUGCCGCUGAAGACAGCCGCUGCCUAUCUGGUCGCAGCUGCAGCGUUGCGCAAGAAGCGUGAUGCUCCACCUGUGGCUGUGCUCAGCUGUGAUGCAGUGCCGCGGAAUGGGGAGCGUUGCGCUUCUGCGGUAGCUUCACUGGCACAGCAGACCGGUGGUGACGAGCUCAUGCAGUAUAUCCAGGAAAAGUGGCGAUUUCCCAGCUCGGUCUGUGAUCGCAUCGUGUACAGAUUGACGCCCACCGUACUGCAGGACCUUCACCGAGCAUCCGGGGUGGCCGACAAAGGGCCGGUUGCCUGCGAAGACUUCGUGCGAUGGGUUGUGGAGGACCAAUUUCCGAGCGGUCGGCCUGCCUGGGAAUCGGUGCUUGGAGAUGCCUGCGUCUUCGUCGAAGACGCUCAGCCUUUUUCGGACUUGCACCUCAAGGUCUUCGAAGGCGCUCGGCAGCUGAUCACCUACGCCGGGAUCUUGUUGGGCUACCGACGAAUCAAUGAAGCAAUUGAGGAGCCGGUGAUUGUCGAGUUCGUGAAGAGAUACUGGGCAGUGGUUCUGGCGCAUGCGGUGGCCCCUUCCGACCAAGCGGAUGGGCAAGCCUACCAGGCUGAGAUUUUUCAGCGACUCGCGCAGAGUGACGAAGAGCUUCUCACUCUUGCGGAGGAGGGAUGCCAGAACAUUUGCAGCUUUUGCAUGAGCAUUAUUCCUGGCCUACCGCCGAUGGACACGCCAACCAUCAAGCCGAUUGUUCAGCUUCUAUGCCUGUGGGUGCAGUACAUUAUUUCUUCCGCCGACGAGACGGAGAAGCCAUAUGUCCAUGCUGCAGACGGAAGGCUUGAAGUGCUCCAUCCCUUGGCAGAGAGCUUGUGGCAGAAUGCUGUGAAAUCCUUCAAGGGCGAGAAGGGUGAGACGAUCCGGAAGCAACCUCCCAGAGAAGAGACGAAAGCUUUCGUGUCUGCAGCAUUCCCCUCUGUGAACUUGAGCGCUACGGUGCUGGUGGAGGUGAUGGCAAGCCAGCUUAUCGCGUGCAGGGCCAACGGUGCCACUCGGUCGCAGGAUUUGAAGAAGUCUUUUGCAAUCCAGUGUACAGAUCCCCUGUGGAUCCUGCCUUUCCUGGUUUGUGCCGCGGUGGCUGCUUAUGCUGUUUGGUAUGCUGUCCAGAAGGGCAACCUUGACAACAUUUUGUCGUUGCCUGACUUGCACGGCAACCUCUGCGGCAGCGGGUUAAAUCGGGGCAAGCCAUUCCUCUACUUCUGCAUGCAGAAGGACAGCCAGCACAUCAUGGAGGGCAAUCAGAAGAGGUUGGACAUGGCAAAUCCCAUCUGCGUUGGGAUUUGUCCGGGCACAUACAACACAAGCAGCCGGUGUUGGCUGCCAAUUCACGAAAGCUAUGCGUGGGUGCAGGACUAUCCAACCCAACCGUUCAUUGGCCUCGUGUGUAGGCCGUCCAUGGUCUACACCAAAGCUGUGUACGACCAGGUCGCUCUGUGGAUGCUGCAGUGUUUUUGGUUCGAGACUGUGGAACUCGCCGAUGCAGUUGCGUGCCAUUCAUGCACAUGA